CCAGACCUUUCCUCUGUUUCCGCUGUUUCAUGCUAAGGGCGAGCUUCCGCCCAUACUUGUUCUCUUUUCUGGUUCUCGGAGCCCAGGGAGCCAGGGAGGAAGGCUUGUCUGCAGGGAUCGGGGCAGAUACCCGGGUGGUGGAGAAGGCGGGACUUCCGCGUCUCGCCGGAAGUGACGCGACAGUCGCGGCCGCAGACAGGUGGAACGGCAGGUGGGUUCAGGUGCCAGCCCGGCCUGGACCCGGCGGAGGGACUGACGCUUCCGGUGAGCGACCGCGGUAGCUCCCAAGGGCCUGGAGACCCGUGGGGAGGCCUCUGGGGUCUGAGUCCACCGCCCUGGCCUGGAGUUCCCCUCUGUACCCAUUCCCCAUUCCUCUGCCGAGCUGGGCAGUUAGCCAGCCCCCCUCAACUCUCGGAACCAUGUUUGCAGACUUGGAUUAUGACAUCGAGGAGGACAAACUCGGAAUCCCUACUGUGCCCGGGAAGGUGACCCUCCAGAAGGAUGCUCAGAACCUGAUCGGGAUCAGCAUAGGAGGAGGGGCCCAGUACUGUCCCUGCCUCUACAUCGUCCAGGUGUUUGACAACACCCCGGCAGCCCUGGACGGCACUGUGGCAGCUGGCGACGAGAUCACCGGUGUCAACGGCAGGUCAAUCAAAGGCAAAACGAAGGUGGAGGUGGCGAAGAUGAUUCAGGAGGUGAAGGGGGAGGUGACUAUUCACUACAACAAGCUGCAGGCGGACCCCAAGCAGGGCAUGUCCCUGGAUAUUGUGUUGAAGAAAGUAAAGCAUCGGCUGGUAGAGAACAUGAGUUCGGGGACCGCGGACGCCCUGGGCCUAAGCCGGGCCAUCCUGUGCAAUGACGGGCUUGUCAAGAGGCUGGAGGAGCUGGAGCGGACCGCCGAGCUGUAUAAAGGAAUGACAGAACACGCCAAGAAUCUCCUGCGGGCCUUUUAUGAGCUGUCACAGACCCACCGGGCCUUUGGGGACGUGUUCUCCGUGAUUGGGGUGCGGGAGCCCCAGCCAGCUGCGAGCGAGGCUUUUGUGAAGUUUGCCGACGCCCACCGCAGCAUCGAGAAGUUCGGCAUCCGGCUGCUGAAAACCAUCAAGCCGAUGCUGACAGACCUGAACACCUAUCUCAACAAAGCCAUCCCAGACACUCGCCUCACCAUCAAGAAGUACCUGGACGUCAAGUUUGAGUACCUGUCCUACUGCCUGAAGGUGAAGGAGAUGGACGACGAGGAGUACAGCUGCAUCGCCCUGGGGGAGCCCCUGUACCGCGUGAGCACUGGCAACUACGAGUAUCGCCUGAUCCUGCGCUGUCGCCAGGAGGCCCGUGCCCGCUUCUCCCAGAUGCGCAAAGAUGUGCUGGAGAAGGUGGAGUUGCUGGACCAGAAGCACGGACAUCGUGUUCCAGCUGCGGCGCUUCGUAUCCACCAUGUCCCAGUACUACAACGACUGCUACGCGGUGCUGCGCGACGCCGACGUCUUCCCCAUCGAGGUGGACCUGGCCCACACCACGCUGGCCUACGGCCUCAGCCAGGAGGAGUUCACCGACGGGGAGGACGAGGAGGACGAAGACGACGAGGACACGGCAGCUGGGGAGCCGUCCAGGGAUGCGCGAGGGGCCGCCGGGCCCCUGGACCAGGGCGGGAGCUGGUGUGGCUCCUGAGUUGCCCCCGUGGGGUGCGGAGCUGGGGGGGGCAGGGUGAGCGGGAGGACGGCGCCCGGAAGCGGGGGCGGGGCCGCCGCACGACAGGGCGGAGCCGGAAGGCCCUGCUGGCUUGGGGCGCCCGCCUCCCUGCUCCUCUGUCCUAGCUCAGCGAGCCCGGGGGGCCCCUGUCCGGGAAAAGGCCCGGGCCCCGGACACCAGCCCCCUCCCCCCUCCCCCCUCCCUCCCCAGCCAGAUGGAGAGCUUGGCCUCUGGAACUGCCUUAGGAAGGAGAGAGGGGGCAGAAAGGAGGAGUGGUGGGAGGCGGCAGAAGUCCAGGACCCGUCCCCCCUGGGCGGCGCCACUGUCCCCACCUGGAGCCUGCCGGAGCUGGGGGGCCGUGGGUGGACGGCCGAGGUUGAGGCCAGCGUCUCACGUACACCCGCACCUCGCCCAGGGCGGCCCCACCGCAGCCCACACUCACACCUCGGCGGCCUUUAUUUAUUUCGUGCCCCCGGCUCAGCCGCUUCCCUGGGGAGGGGCUGGGCGCCGGGCCUGUAUCGAAUAAACACGAACCCAGACGGAGCUGGGCUCUUCGCGGUGGCCUCAGACCCCCCCUCCCCUCAGCGCCCCGCCUGCUGCCUCCCCGGUCUCCGGGGAGGGUGGGCGACAAGAUUUGUGGACGUUCCCUUCGAAUAUGUCAUUUAUGCCUCACACUAGCUCUGUGACUGGCACUACCGUCCCCGUUGACAGACGGGAAACCGAGGCUAGAGACGUGUCUUGCUCAGGGCCACCCAGCGUUACAGGGACAGGGUGGGCUUUGGAGUUCAAUCUGUCGGGUCCCCGAGGCUCUGGGGAGCCUUUCCUGUCCUCCCGUAUCUUUGAUCUGUCAGUGCUUCCGGCCAGCAGCCCAGCCUUUAUUUGGGGAAGGACGGGACAGACCCUGAGUCAGGAGGCCCCGAGGCCCCACGUCGGGGAGAGAACGUAGGGUGCCCCCACCCUCCGGCCGUGCCUGUUCUGCCAGGGCCGUGGGAGAAGGGCAGUGGAGAAAGCCACCCUGGUACUCC